AUGCGUGUGACUCGUGCGCGCGCCCAGCAGGGCCAUAAUGAAGUUACCGACGCGACCGAGCGCGCGCCGUUGAACGAAAUAACGUCGAAUGCAUCAGCCGAGCAACCCCGCGACGACGACGACGAAGAGCUGCUGCCUGCAAAAACUCCUGCGAAGACUCCCGCAAAGAAGGGCAAAGCAAAAGGCCGCGCAAAGAAAGGGAAAAAGGCCAAGGCGGCUGAGGAAGAAGAGGAGGACCAAGUCGAAGCUGCACCUGAAGACGCGCAAACAGCGCCUGAGCCCGUCGAGGCGCCCGCAAGCGCUGAAGAUGGUACAAUAGAGUCCCAAACCCUCUCGCAAACUCAGGAUGAGUCUGUAUCGGCUGUGGCCUCUGGCAUCGAUUCGUCAGCGAACCCUUCUGAAGUUGCAGAGGUCUCCAUCAAGGUCCAACGACCAGUAACCCCAACUAAGCCCGUACGCCUGACUCGCCGCCAAUUGGCCAUGCAGGAAGAGGAAAUGAAGAAGGCGCAACACGCCGCUCCCACAGUUCAGGAACCAGAAACCCAAGUUCCAGAGUCAACAGCAGAUGUGCCCAAAGCCACGGAAGAAGCCCUUCAAGUACCAGAGCAGGUUGAAGAUCCAAAAGCACCAGAAACUCAAAGUGAAGAUGUAAAGGAAGAGAAGUUUGAGGAGGUAGAGAAUGUUGUUGAUAAGGUCCAACCAGAGGCUGUAGUCGAGCCCGUAGCAGAACGUGAAGUAUCCCAAGAGGCUUCGCCAGAGGUGCCACAAGUGGAAGAACCCCAGAUUCAGCCUCAAGUCCCCGAAGCAGCAGCUGACAUUCCCGUACCCUCUGUCGAAGUCAGUCCAGAAACAGAGCCAAAGUCGCUUGCAACCCAAAAGUCCAAUGAAGAUCUUAUGGCCACUCUCAGGAGCCAGGCUUCAAGUCGACGGACGUCGCGUAGCCUCUCAAAAUCCCCUAUGCGUCUCGAGGAGUCUUUUGAAGCAAUCGAUGCGCUUGAGGAGGCUCUGGAGAAUGUCACAUCAGUAGCCAGAAUCGAUCGAUUGAACGAGGAGACAUCGCCCGAGAGAGCAAAGGCCUCCAAGACCACUAGCACAGCAAGCACACGCCCAAAGUCGAUGUAUACAACUUCGACUACAUCUACAAAGUUAUCCAGGGCCCCCAGUUCUGCUGCACCGAAGAGUAUGAAGCCGGUCAAGUCUUCAUUAGCUCGCACAACCAGUGUUCGUACUGCAACUAGCAAGGAAGUCAAGACAACUUCCGCGCCGACGACAGAUUAUCUUGCUGCCAAACGGCGACCGAUCAGCGUAUCAUUUCCUACUCCUGCGCCGCCACCAAAGGGGCGCGCUCCUACCAAGUCAACAUUCCAGCUUUCAAGCAACGACGUAGUCGCAAAGCUGAAGGCGCAGAAAGAGGAGCGACUAAAGCAAGCAGAAGGCACAGCACCAAAGGCACGGCCGAUCAGCAUGCCCCCUCCACCAAAGUCAAACAAACCGCUCACAAAGCCUGCCUUUCAACUGCCGGGCGAGAAAAUCGCCGAGAAACUAAAAGCACAAAAAGAAGAGCGUCUGAAGAGAGAAGAAGAGCAACCUGCACCAAAACAACGUCCAACCAGCAUCACCAUGGCCCCCCUCGCAAAAUCUACAAAAGCGCCCACAAAGCCCAAAUUCGAGCUCCCAGGCUCUGUCAUAGCCGAGAAACUGCGCCUCAAAAAAGAAGAACGCCUCAAGCGCAUGGAAGAAGCCGAAGCAGCAAAAAAAGAAGCAGCAGCACACAAACCCCGUCCCGCACCAGUAGUAUCCCGCAAACCCGUCACAAUCCCCAUCCGACCCUCCCCGGCCGAAGCCCCAGGCGUAACAAUCGGCCCACCUCCAUCUCCUCCCCAACAACAGCAACGCUCCACCUCCCUCGCCAGCAAACGAAGCAGCAUCAUUCUUGUCCCCAAAGCCGUAGUCACGCCCGCGGAUGCGAUUCAACUGAAACUCAAGGGCAAAGAGGUAUUCAAUCGGGAUCGUGUGGAGAAAGAAGCGAGAGAGAGGGAGAGAAGGGAAAAGGAAGAGGCGGCCAAGCGGGCGAGGGCGGAGGCUGCUGAGAGGGGACGGAUUGCGAGUAGGGAGUGGGCGGAGAGGCAGAGGCGGAAGAUAAUGGGGGGUUCUUGA